AAAAAAUCAACGGAAAUUAGCUAAUACAAUUUUGUUACCGGGAUGUUUGGUAAAAUAAUUUCAAAACCUAAUGUUUCCAAAUCAAAACAAUAAUCUUAGGUGGCGGGAAUGUUCCUAAGCGGCUUCUGAUAAUGAUAUGUAAACUUUGUUAAUCCAUAGUUUCGUAUACAACAUGUUGAAAUCAGGGAUAUGUUUACCUGGGCAAAAGCUUUGUCAGCUCACUGAUGAUAAAUGUAGUGGAAAUGGGACCUACAUCCGAAAUGGUUAUAUUUAUUCAAGCCUAGCAGGUUUCCUUCAUACAGAAACCACUGAAGAUAAAACAUUGGUGGAAGUAUGCACAACUAAAACAGAAAAUAUUGUGCCAUCAGUUGAUGCACUAGUUACAGCAAAGAUAACUAAUGUGAACCCUCGAUUUUGUAAGUGUUCUAUAAUGAAUGUUGGAAAAAUUAGAUUACGUGAAUCAUUUAGAGGAAUGAUAAGGAAAGAAGAUGUGAAAGCUACUGAGAAAGACAAAGUUGAAAUGUAUCAAUGUUUCCGCCCUGGUGAUAUCAUUGUAGCUAAAGUUCUCUCACUGGGAGAUGCACAUUCAUAUCUGUUGACCACAGCUGAAAAUGAACUAGGAGUAGUAGUCGCAACCAGUGAAGCAGGUUAUCCUAUGGUACCCAUCAGCUGGAAGGAAAUGCAGUGCCCACAUACCUUAAUAAAAGAAAAACGUAAAGUAGCCAAAGUUCAGCCCCAAUAUAUACAAAAUCCUGAAUAAAUCAUUAAACUUUA